ACGUCUUCUGCAACUCCACGACAUCCGGCGACACGUUUGCCCAAACCAAACAGUCUCCAUUCCAACAAUAUCUCCAUUCAAAUCCACAUAGUGCUUUUUUAAUGACAAACCCACGCCCCCCCCAUUUUUCCUUCACAUUAUGUUCCAAUUUGAGAGUUAGUGAAUUACUCAUACAAGCAGAGGAGCUUGGCGGUCCAAAUGGGGGAGGUGAGGAAGCUCCAGAAGAAGUUGAGGCAGAUUGAGAAUCUGGAGAUAAAAAUCAGUCUCAACCCCGAGGAGAGAUUCAAGAUCUCCAAAAAGGAGGAGCUGCGGUGCAGAUUGGCAGAGCUUCAGCUGCAGCUCUGUGGCCUGCAGCGAACUCCUGGGAUUCGAGAGGCAGACAUGAAAAGAGCAGGGGAGGACACCCCCGAGGACCUUCCAUCGCAAGCGCCCCCGUCCUCCAAGAUCCUGAGGGGCCCCGAGGAGACGAGGCCAAGGCUGCCUGCCACACAGAGGGCGACAGGAGGGUCAGCGGAGACGGCUUGGUGCCAAAGGGCACAGAAUGUCAGGGCGAUGUCACAUCACGGACGAGGCAAUUCUGAAGAGUGUCCGGAUCGCGAUGACAGGGGGCAGCAACCAGCACAAGAAGAUGCGGCGCUGACAUCCCUGAAAACAUGUUGGCAGAAGGCAAAGUUUCGCUUGAGGCUAUUGGAAGGUCACAAUGACAUCAUCACUUGUGUGCUGGUUGUUGACAGCCUGGUGGUUUCUGGCAGCCACGAUACCACUGUCAAAGUGUGGCACGUUCCCACGGCAACAGAGCACAAGAACCUGGGAGGUCACACCGGCGGGGUCACUUGCCUGUCUGCCCCUCCUCCUGAGUACUGCAAGAAGUUGGCCUGGUCGCUGUCGUUGUCAGACGACGAGAGGUUUAUUUUGAGCGGCUCGGUGGACUGUAACGUCAAGAUCUGGGCCCUGAGCAUAGGCCAGUGUGUGAAGUCUCUGUACACGUUCAACUCUGUGACGGCGCUCUGCUUUGUGCCUGAGGGCGACGGCUACAUCAUCACAGGAUCAGACGGGGGCAAAGUUCAAGCCUGGAGCUGGCGCACUUUGGACAACUGCCAAUCAAUCAACGUGCACCAGGAAGCGGUCACCUCCAUUCAGUCUCAGGGUCCACUAGUGUUCAGCGGCUCGUCCGACGGAGGGGUGUCUGUGUGGAAGAACCGCUGCACUGAGCGAGACCCCCUGAGGCUGCUCCAUGGCUGGAGCGGUCAGGUGACGGGCUGUGGAGGGGGGCGACUGGCCCUCAGCCCCAGGGGGGACCAAGUGCUCCUUGCAUAUGGACGCGCAUGGAUCAAGAUCCUGCACUGGAUUACUGGAACAGUAUCCAAACUGACCAAUCACGGCAGCAUCACUGGGGUAACAGAUUGUGUCCACCAGACAGCCGGCCUCUUAAUUGGCUCCUGCUACGACGUGACCAAUGGCGAGAGCACACUGAAUUUGUUCUCCAUGCCUCAGUGCCACUACCUGGCCUCUCUGACCUGGCCACGAGCCCCCAGAAUGCUUUGCUUCGCAACGUGGACCACAGGGAGCGGUGACCACCGCUGGGUCAGCGGCGGGCGCGACCUUGUCGUGUGGGAGCAGCUCCCCAGCUCCGCGAAGCAGAGGGGGGACAUCACAGUGAAGAGAGACAUCCGGUUAGAAUUGCCACUAGAGUCCGAGGGGGACACGGAAGACGACGAGGAGACUGACGAACACCUUGAUGAUCAUGAUGAUGAUGACGACAACGUGGGAGGAGGAGACGAGGAGUACGCGCGGUCUGCCGGCUCGUGGUUACGUUGCAUUCUCCAAUGAGGAGCCAUUUUGGAGAGAGGAGAGACUGAGGCUGGAUUUACGCUGCAUGGUUCAAGUGACACAAUUCACUUUUUUUUAAGUGUUCAAGUGGCACAAUUGGGAUAUGAUUCAUGGCAGCAAAAAGAGAAAAAAUGCAGUCAGGUCUCUACUACUCUAUGUAUGGGAUAUCUGCCAAUGGGGUUGCAGCAUACGUCGCAAUGCCAGCUUGAUGUCACUGAAAUAUACCAAUUGGUGAAGCACACACACCCACAUCUGAAUAUAUAAACAAAGAACAUUAAAAAAACACCUGCUGUGAAUCUAAACUACAGCAAAAGUAUAGACAAUUAAAUGUGCUUCAAAUAUGCUAUGUUAGAGACUCAUAUUUCAUUAAAUAGGUAAUACAGUGUAGAGUGGAUUAAUGUGCAGGUUACAUCAUUUAAAUUCAUGGGGGGGGGAGUCAGCCCAGGCCAACUAAAUGCUAUAUUUGAUUGAUUGCCUUGAUAUAGGGCUGCAGCUAUCGAAUAUUUUCAGAAUCGAUUAUUCCAUCGAUUCAUCGAAUAAUCAGUUAAAAAUGUCUUUUGGUGUUCAGGUUUAUUGCAGAAUACAUUUUUAUCCGAUUAGUGUUCAUUAAGUAAUUAUUGUUGUUAAUUUGGUACUGUUUAAUGAUUAAACCAUACCAAAUGCACAACAGUUAAGCAAUAUCACACGAAAGGGUGUGAUGUUUUACUGCAACCAUUUUGAAACUGAGAGCUACUUCUUUGGUACCGCUUAAUGCGGAGGGCUACUAGUUUGAUAAACACUUGUGAAGCUACUCCUGGUUCAACUAAAUUGUCAAUUACAGGUUAGUCAUACUAUGGCUGCAAAUAACAAUUAUUUUCAUAAUAGAUUAAAAUGAUUAUCAUUUUUUCCCAUAAAUUGAUUAUUCAUUUACUGGUUUGGUCUGUACAAUGUCAGAAAAUAGAAAAAAAAAAAGAUCAUUGUUUUUUUUUUAUUUUUAAGUAAAAGCCUAUGUUUGCAAAAGUCCAUUUUUUAAACACAAAGAUUUCUGGUUCUGGAUUCAUGGAGGACUACAGAAAUCAGAGAAUUUAACUGUUGAGAAGGUGAAAUCAAAGGAUUUGUACAGUUUUAAGUUUAAGAGUCUUAAAAUGAUUAAUCGCAAAGUAGUUGUCGAUGAAUUUCAUAAUGAAUUAGUUGUCGAUUAAUAGAUCAAUUGUAGCAUUUCUACUUUGAUUUGAACAUUCAUUCAUUCAUUUUCCGUAGCGCUUAUCCUCACUAGUGUCGCGGGCGUGCUGGAGCCUAUUCCAGCUAACUCUGGGCGAGAGGCGGGGUACACCCUGAACUGGUUGAUUUGAACAUAAAAACAAAAAAGAUCAUUAUAAAAGAGAGAAGAAAAAGGCAGUCAAUUUCAUCCUUCGGCACAGUUCACAUGUUCAAAAAGAAGUAGGAAGUAAAAAAACCUGCAGUAGUCAUGCCCCUUGUUCGCUAUAUAAUUAUUACCUGUCAUAUUAAUACAAUAAGUUAUUCACAUACAAAACUCAACAUCUAAACCAUAUACAAUAUACAAGACAAUCUUCAUGGAAACAAAAUUUUAAAUAUUGUAAGAAAAGACUAAAUUAGGCAGCACGGUGGACGACUGGUUAGAGCGUCACAGUUGUGAGGACCGGGGUUCAAUUCCCGGCCCCACCUGUGUGGAGUUUGCAUGUUCUCCCCGUGGCUGUGUGGGUUUUCUCCGGGCACUCCAGUUUCCUCCCACAUCCCAAAAACAUGCAUUGUAGGUUAAUUGAAGACUCUAAAUUGCCCGUAGGUGUGAAUGUGAGUGCAAAUGGUUGUUUGUUUGUAUGUGCCCUGCGAUUGGCUGGGAACCAGUUCAGGGUGUACCCCGUCUCCUGCCCGAUGAUAGCUGGGAUAGGCUCCAGCACUCCCGCGACCCUUGUGAGGAUUAGCGGCUCAGAGAAUGGAUGGACUAAAUUAAUGACAUGAAUAAAGAACAAAAGCAAAAUCAAGACACAAUUUCAUUACAAAACUCAACACAACCAAAUGUUCCAACAUUUCCAAACUUUUUUCUGUUUUACACAAUUUCCGUCUUUUUUGAGUUACGAAUCCUUGCUUGGUCUUUUUUUUUUUUUUUGCUUUGUGUUGAAGCCAACAUUUUAGUUACGGGCGAGCUUCGGCUAGACAGCGCCUCAAGCGAAGUGAAAAAAAAAAAUGGAGCAAUUCAGGUACUGUAAUGCCCUCUCAUGUGGGCAAGGAGAGCCAUGGUUGCCAAUGUACUUUCAGACGUUUAUCAAACAGGACAGUCAAAUACACAAAUUCAAAAUGAGAACACUCGCUGUUGCUGAUGGCCACCACUCACGCCCUGACACACGCAGUUUAACUGGCUAACCUGACUCUAGCUCAUGAUGUCACUCACUGGGCCACGCUCCUUACAGGCAGACAUCAAGCACACGAAUACUACAGUACGUACAGUAAUUACAAUUUGUAAAAAAGUUCAUUUCUUUACAUUCUCUUUUAUACAAUAUAGUGCUCUUUUACUUGAUUAAAAAUAUAAUUUAAAAACUGUGGUGUCAUUUUUGGGAGCUGGAACAGAUUAAUUUCAAUGGGGAAAAUUGAUUUGAACUUCAAGUAAAGUUGGUCACGGAACGAAUUGAACUCGUAAGAGAAUUACUGUUGACUUCAUGUUCUCACUGCCCAAUUUUGUUGUUUGUGGAGUUGGGUGCAAUUUGGGCAUCUGUGCCUGGGUGUUGUUUCUUGUGGUCCGUCAGUGUAAACACAGUGUAGACACACAUUGUCAACAUGUCACUUGAAAUGGACAUGGGAAAUCGAUUAUCUAAGCGUUUAAUUGGAAUUUGACACUAGGGACCUGAAAUGUAAAUCCCGCCUGCAAGUGUUUUUGUGUGUGAUUGUUUCCUCUGUAAAUAUUAGUUGCAAUAAAUCUGUCACAACCCCCAAA